UCUCAAAACCAAAAACACAAACAUUCAAGUCACAGCUGAAAAUGGUGCAUUAUCUGCCGAUGGAUUGCGCCAAUCCAGACAGACCAAUGCCUCUUGCUGGCCAGGGGCCUAAUACUUUACCAACAUCCGCAGCAAAGCAUGAAAAUCAACCUUUAGUGUUCGAUGCAUCUGUCCUAGGAUCUGAAUCCAACAUACCCUCUCAGUUCAUAUGGCCUGACCACGAGAAGCCAUGCCUUGAGGCCCCAGAACUUGUGAUUCCUACGAUUGACAUGGGAGUUCUCCUGUCAGGUGACCCUCUCGCUGUCUCCAAAGCGGCAGAGCUUGUCAAUGAGGCAUGCAAGAAGCAUGGCUUUUUUUUGGUUGUGAACCAUGGGGUGGAUUCCGGGCUUAUCGAUAAAGCUCAGCAGUACAUGGACUUGUUCUUCGGCAUGCAACUCUCUGAGAAGCAAAGGGCACAGAGAAAGACAGGAGAAAACUAUGGGUAUGCGAGUAGCUUCGUUGGCCGGUUCUCCUCCAAGCUGCCAUGGAAAGAAACACUGUCUUUUCGAUAUUGUUCUGACAGUCAAAAUAUCGUGGAAGAAUAUUUGGUGAAUGUGAUGGGUGCAGAUUUUAGACAUUUCGGGAGGCUUUACCAGGAUUAUUGUGAAGCAAUGGGCAAGCUCUCCCAAGGGAUUAUGCAGCUCAUCGGGAUAAGUCUCGGACUCGACCAAGCCUACUUCAGAGACUUCUUCGAAGGACAUGAUUCCAUUCUGAGAUUGAAUCACUACCCGCCAUGCCAAAAACCUGAGUUGGCUCUAGGAACCGGGCCUCACUCCGACCCCACUGCCUUGACAAUCCUCCAUCAGGAUCAGGUAGGUGGCCUUCAGGUGUUUGCUGAUGGAAAGUGGCAUGCUGUUACUCCCAUCCCAGGAUCUUUCGUUGUCAACAUUGGCGACACAGUCAUGGCUCUAUCAAACGGCAUUUACAAGAGUUGCUUGCACAGAGCAGUGGUGAACAGUCAAACUGUGAGAAGAUCUCUCGCUUUCUUUCUGUGUCCCAGGAUGGACAAACCGGUAACACCACCUGCUGGUCUACUGAGUUCCGAGAAUCCAAGGAUAUACCCAGACUUCACCUGGGCAACUUUGCUGGAGUUUACACAGAAAUAUUACCGUGCUGACAUGAAAACUCUUGAUGCAUUCUCUCAUUGGCUUCAAGAACAAGACACAAACAAGAAAACACCUUGAACAUUUCAGCUAUAAAGGUGAAACAAGAGGGAGACAAAUUAAAGUAGGGACAAGCAUUUAUUUUGCUCGUGGUGGGUCUAAGGAACAAGGCAACAGAAAGAGGCUAGUCUUUCGAUUAGUUGUUAGUAGCUUAGUGCUUCAGAGAAUCAUGUAAAACAAAAAUCAUUAAGGAAUUAAUAAAGACCU